AAUCAACAACGACAUUAAACACACAUCGGAGAUAAUUGUUUCUGAUACGACCAAAUCCAAUUCUACUCUUGAAUUAUAUGAAUCGAUCACAAGCUCUCAUAUCUAAAUUUCACAUAUAAUUCUCAUUUUCCCCCCAACUCCAUCAAUCGACUCACUGCCAAUUCCAACUUCCCAAUUCGAAGUAUGCCACUAUGCGUCAUGUCUCGUUUUGUAUUUAUAUCCAAGCCUUUGGGUUCGGUCACUCGACGCGUCAUCUCCGGUCACGACCUCAAGCGGGUCGGCGAUCCCCGGCCGCGAGAGAACCACAGUUUCGUGUUCGUGAUCGGAGACAUACUCGAUCUACAGCCGGUGGUUGCAGUGGCGUUGGAUGGGCCGCCUUAUCGGGUCAUGAGUGGCGAUGGUAAUGCCUCGGUGGAUUCAACCUCGAAGAAGAAGAAGGGAAGAGGAAGAAGAACGAUGGAUGGUUGACAACACUGCUUGCAGGCGUGCGUUGCGAUCGUUUCUAUUUAGGUUGAAAGCGAAGCACAAGUCGAUUGGAGUUGGGUAUUGUUGUUCGUCGAUCACCAGUUUUGUCGCUGCAGCUCCAGUGUUUGCUUUCUUCCACUUGGGCACCUUUUCCGUGGACGGUCUACAAUUUUGUCCACCACCUAUUUGAUGCAAUGCUCCUCACUUUCUCUCUCCGUCUCACUCCCCAUUCAAUGCAGUUCCUGAGCAGACCCACCCACCUCCCCCCAAAAAGGCUAAUCCUUCCUUCCCCCUUCCCUCCCCUUCCCUCUCCUCUCCUCUCCACAAUGCUACUGCCGCUCCUCUCCGCCGCAACAUGUCCACUCACGCCUCCCCCGGCGGCGCCUCCUCCUCCUCGUCCUCUUCCCUCUUCACGACCCUCAGUUUCUCCUUCGCUAUUGCCGUCUCCCUCGGCCUCCUCUCCGCUCUUCUCGUCGUCUCCUACAUCUGCUGCCGCCGGCGUCCCCAGAACCCCGGUUCCGCCCCGGGCCCGAUCCCCGCCGAAGGCGUCCUCCAGCGACACAUCAUCUUCGUCGCCGAGGACGACGACGGCGAGGACAGCGAGGGCGGCGGCCGGGCAUCGGGGCUCGAUCAGGCGGUCAUCAGCUCGUACCCUAAGUUCCCGUUCUCGGCGGCCAAGGGUGGGGAUACCGUCUGCUCGAUCUGCCUUUGCGAGUACCGGGAGGGGGAGAUGCUCCGGAUGAUGCCCGACUGCCACCACUACUUCCACCUCCUCUGCAUCGAUGUCUGGCUCCGGCUCAACGCGUCCUGCCCGGUCUGCCGGACGUCGCCAUUGCCCACGCCGGUGUCUACUCCAAUCUCAACACCAUUGUCAGAGCUCGUCCCGCUCUCCCAGUUCGCAGCUGACCGCAGGAGGAGGAGCUAAAGCUUUUGCAAAAUAAUCAAAUACUCUACAUGGAGCAUACAUGCUGGAGGUUUGUGGUGGUAUAAUUCAUUAAGCCAUCUGUCAUCAUCAGACUUUUAAGACCUCAGAAGUGUUGAAAACAAGUUUUCAAUCCAGGAAAGACACUCUCAGUCUGUUCUUACUCAAAUAUUGGUAAAUUACUCUUUCCCUUAA